AUGCUGCCCCCCCGUCAUAUUCAGGAUUUCUCCGAGGACUCUGCGCUGGAGUAUCACUGGGGGUAUAGCCCCCGGCAGGUCCCAUGUCUGAAUGAUGCGGGGUCCUGCGAGUACCUCGAUGCGGUCUACGACGCACACGAUGUUGGUAUGCUCUAUAGCUUCAUCCUAUGGGCGGUCAUCUUGGGAAUCCUUUUCCUGUGGGUGCUAGGCCGACAUCUUUUCCCUUUGACACGAGUGACUACUUCUUCCAAGGAACAGCUCCUGGAAGGCUCACGGCCCCGCCAAAAUGCAUUCUACCGCCUGGGAACCUCGGCCAAGGCAUUGGGCCGCCGGUAUCUGCUACCGGAGAGCUUCACCGGCCUGUUUGGGCACACCACCCGGCUACAGAUUUUGGUUCUUGUUAUCCUGACGGGAUAUCUGACCAUCUUCACCUUUGCCGGUAUUGUAUACAAGACGUGGGUCACUCCAGUGAAAAAUACCCCCGGCCUCUAUAAUACACGGACUGGGCUGGGACCUUGGUCUGAUCGCAUUGGCGUGUUCGCAUUUGCCCUCACUCCCUUGUCUGUGCUCCUCUCGAGCCGUGAAUCCCUGCUCUCUCUUGUCACUGGCAUUCCAUACCACCAUUUUAUGUUCUUGCAUCGUUGGCUGGGCUACCUUAUUUUCAUCCAGUCCGCUCUCCAUACCCUCGGUUGGACCAUCGUGGAAGCCCGGCUCUACCAGCCCCAGCCGACCGUAUGGGACGCAUUCAUCGCGCAGGUUUAUAUUAUCUGGGGGGUUGUGGCCAUGAUCUUCCUGUCGUUCCUCGUCGCCUUCAGUACCCAAUGGGGGAUCCGGCUGACUGGAUAUGAGUUCUUCCGCAAGGCACACUACGUCGUUGCCAUGCUGUAUAUCGGCGCUUGCUGGGGGCACUGGUCACAGCUAUCAUGCUGGAUGAUUGCGUCGCUUACCGUGUGGUUCUUCGAUCGAGGAGUUCGCCUUGCGCGGACCCUAGUACUCCACCACCGGAAUACUCCGCACACUACCUCUGCCUUUGGUCUGCAUAUCCCCAGAGCGCGCAUGGCAUUCUUUCCGCGCACCCACGACGGAGACGUGAUUCGUCUAGACUUUGACCAUAACCAUGACGAGUGGCAGAUCGGCCAACACUAUUUCCUAUGCUUCCCGGAGCUCAGCAUCUGGCAAAGCCACCCCAUGACGCCAUGCAAUGUCCCUGGACAGAAUCCCAAGACUCAAGACCACACAUAUAUCAUCCGCAGCAGAAAGGGGCUGACGAAGGGGUUGGCGGCUAUCGCACAGCAAAAGGAGAACGCAAGCACGUCCGUUGUUCUGUCCGGUCCCUACGGGCUGUCUAUCCUAGGGGAAGACUUCUAUCUGGAAGACGAUAUAAAUGUCCUUUGCGUAGCAGGCGGCACUGGGGUGACUUUCGUGCUCCCGGUGCUUCUGGCCCUCAUCGCCCAGCACCAGCCACGCCGCGGUAUCGUCGAACUCAUCUGGGCGAUUCGCCGAAAAGCCGACAUGGAAUGGAUCGAGUGCGAACUGCAACCCUUACGGAAAGCGGCAGCCGAAGUGUCCAAUUUCCGAAUUCGCAUCUUCGUUACCCGUGGCGAUGGAGAAGUUGAUACCUCUGCCGUGCCAAUCAGUCAGGAACCUGCGCGACUGGAGGAGUCCAAAGAAGCCCCGGUGGCAGGGGAGCGGCCCUCAUCGCUCUCUUCAUCGCCUUCCGAGAUGAAAGCAGAGACGUUCGCUAUUCACGAACUCUCAUCGUCUGCAUCCCUGGCUAGCGGCCACACAAGACAUCCUGACCUGGCGACGCAGGUGACGGAGUUUGUUUCUCGCACGGUAAGCGGCCCAACACGGGUUGUGGCCAGCGGUCCGUUAUCAAUGAUCCGGGACCUUCGAAGCGCAGUAGCCUCGUGUAACCAGCCUGGCCAUGUGUGGCGUGGUGAUGAGCGAUAUGACGUCCAGUUGAUUCAUGAUGACCGUCUAGAAUCCUGA